GGGCAGGUUGAAGAGAAGCUAAGCAGCAGUUGAAGGAUCCAGUCACAGACGCCAAAGACCAGGAGCAAGAGGAAAAGCGCCAUUAGGAGACAUCUCGGCGGGACCAGACACCACUCUGGGGAAACGAUGCUGUUGGCGACCUUUAAGCUGUGUGCUGGGAUCUCCUAUAGGCACCUGCACAACAUGACAGGUCUGAGGCAACAAGCAUUAGUGGCCAUCAGCCAGGAGCUGAAAUGGAGAGUAUUUGGGGGUCCUGGGCCCAGCAAGUGGAUCUCCCAAGUCCGGCGCCGGAGCUCCCUUAUCAGUUCCCGGCUGGAAGAGAGCCUCUGCAGUGAUCAGGACAUGGCCUAUUUACAACAGGGAGAGGAGGCCUUGCAGAAGGCCUUGGGCAUUCUCAGCAACCAGGAUGGCUGGAAGAGUGAGACCCAACGGAAGAAUGGGGACAAAGUAUUGAGUAAGGUGCUCCCGGAUGUGGGCAAAGUUUUCCGACUAGAGGUGGUAGUGGAUCAGCCCAUGCAGAUACUCUACGAGGAACUGGUAGAGCGCAUGGAGCAGAUGGGCGACUGGAACCCCAAUGUCAAAGAAAUCAAGGUCCUACAGAAGAUUGGGAAGGACACAGUCAUCACCCACGAAACUGCUGCUGAGACCCCGGGCAACAUAGUGGGGCCUCGGGACUUCGUGAGUGUCCGCUGUGCCAAACGCAGAGGCUCCAACUGUGUGUUGGCGGGCAUGGCUACCAACUAUGAUGCAAUGCCGGAGCAGAACGGUUAUGUCAGGGCUGAGCAUGGACCUACUUGCAUGGUGCUAAGGCCCCUGGCUGGAAAUCCCUCUCAGACUCAGCUGACCUGGCUCCUCAGCAUUGAUCUCAAGGGCUGGCUCCCAAAGAGCAUCAUUAACCAGGUCCUCUCCCAAACCCAAAUGGACUUUGCCAACCACCUGCGUAAUCGCCUGGCUGCUAGCCCUGCCUCUGCCGCUCUCAGCUGCUGAAGAUCUUCUUGCUGCCCCUUUUUGUCUCAAGAAAUCUUUAACCUGAACCAGAAUCAGCUAGGUCUUGCAGUUCUGCAGAUUCUCCCUAGUCUAAUUGGCAGUAGGGACAUAGAAUAGGGCUUGGGCAGAGUUUGCUCAGGGUUUUCUUCCUCUACCUUUAGCACCACUAAGGAUUCUUGGAAGGGUGGUAUCUUCCCCUAUCAUCAUUCUCCCUCAUCUCCCUCUCUGGUCCCACAUUCAGGACAGGAAGAGCUCUACAUAUUUCCUAGGGUGAAAGCCUUCUUGUAACACCCUUCCCAGAAAUCAUUUAAUAGGUGUUUUUUUUUUUUAAGGGCCUGUCAUUUCUAAAUGGAUGAAAAAUGGAACAAUAGACUAGACUAGCUUCUUGCAGUGGGAGCACUGACAUAAAUCCUUCCGUUUAGACCGUAACAGUAAAAUCAAAAUGGGGUAAAAGGACUCAAAACUCCUUGAGUCAAUUGAUUUAACCUACUCAGUAUGAAAAGAAUCCUUUGGGCUUCAUGACACCAUCAUUUAGACCAUCACUGAAAAAAGAUGUUCUGGUUUUUAAAAAGAUCAAUCAUGCUACUGUGUAACCCUGAUCAACUAAAGGCAACCUGGACCGAGUUCUAAGCGAGAGAUGAUUGGGAGAGCUAUACGUGAUAAGCAAGCCUUUUAUAUGAGGAAGAUAUUUUACUCUUCAGUAACUUUUUAGAGGUAAGGAGAGAAUCUGUCAAUGUGUGUUCAAGAUGCUUAGACAAACUAGCUAAGAGCCCAAGGGUGCCCAUUUUCCAAAUCUCUGCCACCUAGCUAAAUACACAAUUAACUAUUACAGGGCUUUGGGGAAUUUAUGUCAAAAAGUAAACUGGUAUCAAAACCCUUUAGACAUAGCACUGGAAACAAGUCCGUUGCUAAUGCCGUAAGCACCAGAAGCUUUCCCACAAUGAUUCUGAUCACAUGAAUAGACGUCAGCAGUACACACUUGCACUACAGUGUUUGAAAAUAGGGCUUUGACUUAUUUAUUAAACAAAUGUGUAGUAAGAUGGAAGCCUGUAUUUGAGUUGUUUAAAGCUUUUUACAACAGAUGUACAUUAUUUAUUAUAGCAAAUCGUGCCAAAGAAUCAUCUAACCCAGUCCCUGAAAUGGAUGAAAUGCAUCCUUUUUCACUUGUUUAACUAUGGUUUCCAUUGACAGAAAUAUCAUCUACUUUCAGAAUAGGAAAGGUUCCCUGUUUAAAACCCAAAAGGAGGCUGUCAGGAAAAGCAGCAGUGCAUUGUCUGUGCCCAGAGGAAAGGGAGAGCAGGGGAUGGCUGGAACCAAAGUAAUACGAACGACUGGUGGGGUUGGAAAGGUGCAGAAUAAUGUUGAGCUGGACUGCUUUUCCCCAAAGUGUUAUCAUUUUUCACUGCAAUCUGCCGAGAUGUUUUAAAUUUGUAUAACCCUUACAUUCAAAUGAAUAAAGCCAACUGUCAGAGGUGA